AUGGGCCCACUCGCAUUCAUAAUUUUAUGUCAAUAUUCUGGAAAUCUGCUUGUCCAAUUCGUUUACUACGUGCUCGCCGAAUACGUGCUCGAAAAGUUCGAUCGAACUCCGCCGCCUCCGGAGCAAGAGCUUUUUCUCAAUUGA